AUGAGCGUAAAAUCGUCAUAUUACGACAUACUCGAAAUCUCAACCGAGGCUACGGACGAAGAGAUUCGCAAAGCUUAUCGGAAACAAGCUUUGCAAUGGCACCCUGACAAGAAUAACCAUAGACUUGAAGAGGCAGAAGUCAAAUUUAAAGAAAUAGCCGAAGCAUAUGAGAUAUUAAGUGACCCUGAGAAACGACAAAUUUAUGAUACAUACGGUGAAGAGGGUCUUAAGAAUGGCGGGGCAAGCGCAUUUCCUGAAACAAACGGGAUGUUCCCUGGAUUUGUGUUCCACGAUCCUGAAGAAAUAUUUAGACAAUUCUUUGGCAUCAACUUCGGCACAGCCCUAUUUAAUGAUCCGUUCUUCACUGGUGGCCAACAGCAAACUCAUCCAACGGAUCCAUUUGGACGUCCAUUUGGACAUACAUUUGGGACACAUACAUUUGGGACACAUCCAUUUGGGACACACCCAUUUGGGACAAAUCCAUUUGGGGCACUUUCAUUUGGAGCACUCCCAUUUGGGGGAUUUCCAUCACUCGGAAAUACCUUCGGAUCCUCAACGUAUACCUCGUUUAAUUCAUUUUCGGGUGGAAAUGGUAGUGGGUUUAUUACAGAAUCAUCAACAACAACGAUUAGCAACGGUAUCAGAACGACUACCAUAAAGAGGACCGAUGCACAGGGCAAUGUAACGCUUAUCACAGAAUCGUCUGAUGGUACCCGAACAGAGACUAUAAAUGGCCAGGCAUCGCAAUAUCGAAUCAUGAAUAAUCAGCAAAAGUACGGAUAA